AAAAAACUACAGCCCGCUAAAUUCCCACGAGACAAAACGACUUCCGAGCCUCUGUUACCUGAAAAUUCCCGUUUAUCAUGUUCAGAGCAUACAUAGCACAAAGUUCGCGUUGCAUCGCGUCGGUGCCUUCAAGUUCAAGCAAUGCCUCCCUCCUUCACACCUCUGCUAUCCUCCACGCAGCCCCCAAGAAACGAAUGACGAACAAAAUCAAGCAAGAACGAAGAGCCCAAAGAUUCGAAAGGGCAACCGCCAACCGUCCAAGCCCCAUCCUAGGCACUCGACCAGGUGAAGAGUCAAAGUGGGAGGAGUGUGACUUGGCGAAGAUUCUUGUCAGAGAGGAAGAAUUCGCAGGGCCUCCCGAAAUGAAGCCCACGGAACGACCGAUUGGUGUGGUUCAUGAACCCAAACAAUUUGCUUUUGCUCUCACGAAAACAGAAGCCGACGAACUGUUUGGAAAGUUACCUAUCCUCAGCGCGCAAAUAUCACCGACGAGUGGAAUUGGAGGGGGAACUACUCAGGAUAUUAUAUCUGCUGGGUUGGAAAGUGGGGAAAGGGAACUACAAAAAGCGAAUAUCUUUGCGAAAGUGGUGGAUUUGAGGAAUGCGGAUGCGGAUGGAAUUGCGUAUGAGAAUAGAAGGCGGAUUAUCGAGGCGUUUUCGGAACCCAAAAAUCCCUUCGACCCAGGUCGUACAGAGGUACAAGCUGCCAUUCUGACGUACCGCAUCCGCAACUUGUGGAGCCACCUAACAAAAUACAAACGCGACCUUGGUAACAGAAGAGGCCUAAGGAAACUGGUGCAUCAAAGAGCUAAGGUCCUGAAGUAUCUCAAGCGGACAGACCGAGAACGUUAUGACAUCUUACUACAACGCCUUGCACUACACCCAGAGAGUGUGGAAGGGGAAUUGGUUGUUUAACGGUACCUUAUAUCAACCGAAUAUCACGUCCUGCCUUCCCUUUCUUACCCUCCCACUGGGAAAAAAUCUAUUCAAGCAUGGUCCAUCUCGCCUUGUCUACAGACAUGAAAGGGCUGGC